AUUCUGCUAAAAACCCACAAAGAAAGGAAAAGGUCAAUUUUCAGGGAAAGUCUCUCUCUCUCUAUACAAUUCUCUUCUCUCAUUCUUCUUCUCCAACUUUGUCAGUUGUCCAUUUGUAGAUUACAUUAGAUUCAGAAAUAAACAAGAGAAAGAGAUUAGUUAGUAACAUUUAAUAUAAAUCUUCUUAGUCUUCCCAAUCCAAUCCAAUCAUAGUCCUUGAUCAACUCUGUCCUUCUGUAAUAGUUAAUCUCCUUCUUCAGUCAAAUCCUUUGCCAAUUAAAACCCCAUAUCUCUUCUUUUAUCUUUAUUAAUUUUCCUUUUUUGGAUUCCUUGGCUUUUGUUCUAAUAAGAAGCCAUACAACAGUGAAGGAAUUUCCAACUUCAUAACCUGUGUUCUGUUCUCAACUCUCUCUCUCUCUCUCUCUCUCUCUCUCUCUCUCUCUCUCUCUCUCUCUCUCUCUCUCUCUCUCUCUCUCUCUCUCUCUCUUGUGUUUUUUGGAAUUAAGAAGGCCUUUGGUUUGAGAAAAUGACAGUUGACGACCCCAGAGACCAGUUUCCUAUUGGAAUGCGAGUUCUUGCUGUAGAUGAUGACCCCCUUUGUCUCAGACUUCUCGAAGCUCUGCUCCGUCGAUGCCAAUAUCAUGUUACUACGAGCAGUGAGGCAGUGGCAGCAUUGAAUAUGUUAAGAGAAAACAGGAAUAACUUUGACCUGGUUAUCAGUGAUGUGCAAAUGCCAGACAUGGAUGGAUUUAAGUUACUUGAGCUUGUGGGGUUGGAGAUGGACCUCCCUGUCAUUAUGCUGUCUGGAAAUGGGGAUCCUAAACUUGUGAUGAAAGGAAUCACUCAUGGAGCUUGUGAUUAUUUACUUAAACCUGUUCGAAUCGAGGAGCUGAAAAAUAUCUGGCAACAUGUAAUAAGGAGGAAAAAGAAAGAUACAAAGAGCCAAAGGAAUUGUUCAAAUCAGGACAAAUCUAAUGUAGAAGGAGAAUCUGGGUGUGGAGGGACAGGAAAUUCAGAUCAGAAAAUCAAUAAGAAACGUAAGGAUCAGUUUGAUGAUGAUGAAGAUGAGAAUGACGAUAAUGGAGACAGCGAUGACCCAUCAGCACAAAAGAAGCCUCGAGUUGUUUGGUCUGUAGAGCUGCAUCGAAAAUUUGUCACAGCUGUUAAUCAUCUUGGCAUAGACAAGGCUGUACCUAAAAAGAUUCUUGAUCUGAUGAAUGUUGAUAAGCUUACAAGAGAAAAUGUUGCUAGCCAUCUUCAGAAAUACAGGCUUUACCUCAAAAGAAUCAGUUGCCAUGCAAACCAACACGCUAAUAUGGAAGCAGCCUUACGCAGUUCAGAUUCUUCCUAUCUGCGCAUGGGUUCAAUGAAUGGACUUGGAAACUUUAAUGCUUUAAAUGGAUCAAUGCAGUUUCAAAAUCCCGCUUUUAGAUCCUUCCCACCAGGUGGGAUUGUUGGUAGAUUGAACACUCCAUCUGCUAUGGGUCUGCGUGGUCUUCCAUCUUCGGGUAUGGUUCAACUCAGCCAUACUCAAAAUCCAAACAGCUCCCAUGAUCAAAUGAAGUUUCAUCAGUCGACCCUUCCUGCUGGGAACCAUGACGGGAAUGUACUUCAUGGAAUGCCCAUGCCAUUUGAAAUCAAUCAACAGCACAUUAAGGGUGUUCCUCACAUUGGAGAUCUUUCCACUGGUCUUGAUGAUUCGACAUUGUUUCCCCUUUCGGAUGCAAAACUAACUACUAGUAAUAAUUCUAGCAAUGCUCUUGGUGUUGCAAACAACAUGAUGAUGUUAGGACACUCUCAUGAUCCCCAAGGUGGAAGAGAAUUCGGGAAUCAAUCCUCUGUUUCAUUAACCUCUUUAAAAUCAGAAUUUUGUCCCCCUUUGCCAGAUCCUGGUAGAUGUACUACUGACUGGUCAAGCUCUGCUCAGACAUCUGGGUUCCAAUCGACAUCUUUUCCAUUGAAUGAUCGUUACAAACAGGCUACAAUGCAUCCUGGUAUCUCGAGGGACAACAAUAUGCCUAUUAUGGCCCCACAAAUUGGAGGCAGCCAAUUUGAUGUUUCAUCCUUUCCAUCAGUCUCGAUUCGAUCCCAUGACUCGCUUACAGAUGCACAGUGCCAAACUUCUGCAAUGAACAACGGUGCCUUAAUUCCGAGCUGGGAUAACCAUAAGCAUGAUCCUUCUUACAGACCAAAUAUUAUGUCUAGCUCAAUGAAUUCUUUGAUGCCUGUUAAUGGUGGUGCUGGUGGUCCUUUGGAUCAGAGUUUGGACUUAAAGAACCAGAUCUAUCACAGAAACACUGAUUUCAAUUCUCUGGGACAGACAAAUUAUGUUGAUCCUUUGAUUGCUAAGUAUGAAGAGGUUGAAAAGUCAACCAUGGAAACAUUGAAAUUCAAACAUGAGUAUCUCAUGAGCCAACAGAGAUCACAUGGCGGCUAUAAUAUGUCUACCAACUAUGGCCCCUUGGGAGAUGUUGAACAAGAUGGUAGGGUUGAAGGAGAUUUCGACGCUUAUUCCCUCGGUACAUCAAUAUAAUAAGGCUAUAAAAAUACAGUUAGUUGUUGAGGAGCAAGAGGAAGAUGGAGCUUUUUCUUCUCCUUAGCAAUAUAAUGAUUUACUUCCCUGUAAAUUUACAGCAUUUUGAGUACUGCAUCCAUGUCUACUACUCUACUGUUUGCCUUAUUUUCACUAUAACUAGUACUAGUAGAACAACCAGUUUAGAGCUUUUCAAUUAUGUUUUUUCUUUAGUGUUAAAGAGCAGCAGAAGGACUAGUUAGUUUUUUCUUCACCAUUUGUUUUGAGGAAUAUCUUAAAUAAAGGCUUUUCUCUAUAUA